AAAAAAAUAGAAAGAGAAUUAUUCAAAACACUGCGCGUAUGAAUGCGCAAUGAGUCUUACUUGAGAUAUUGAAGUAAAAACAUUACGCAGCAACUUCUGCAAUUGAAACUUAAAGUCAAAAUUCAACUAAGCAAACAUGCGCGCUCGGGUAAUAGCCGUUCCUUCUCCCGCUAUUCGCCGAUCGAUCUGUUCCCGGCAGUUUUGGACCGCGUCGCGGUGCUACAGGAUUUCCGUGGGAUUGGGAGUCAUAUCCUUCCUCGUCUUGAUCAUUCUCGGAGUGUUGGUGAUUUCUCCAGCCAUUGAUGGUCUCAGCCUCAGGCCAGCGACGUGCACGGUCAUUCGCUCUGAAAUUCAGGGCAAAAUGUCGUGCCGUUGUGGGAAAUAUUGCUCAAGUUUUCACCCGUGUCUCAAGAUUUACGUCGACUAUGUCCCUGAGGAUUUCCCUGACAGAAACAUCACGAAUCGAAUGUUUCACGACACAGUCUACGAGAAUAGUGAUGAGGAGGAGUGUUCAGUCGCGCCUUGCACGAAAGACGAGCAAGCUAACUACCGAGCAGUGGAGAAAUUCCAAGAAUCCAGAGGAAUUGUUGGUCAGAAGUACACUUGUUUUUAUAAUCCGAAAAAGACGAACGAAGUAGUUGGACGCACUGAGAACUUCAAUGCCAUUAUUAUCCACUGCACCCUGUGGCCAAUGAUGUUCAUUCUGAUCAGCAUUUUUUGGAUGGCGCUAGUUUAUUAUCGGCGCCAUACUUUCUGCGCACCUAAGGAUGGCCAAAAUGUCCAUCUUGUUUGGGAAUGAAUGCAGCGUGAGGACAUAAGAGGGAUAACCUGAGAGUAAGAAGGUUGUCACUACACGAGGUCUUUGUUUUGCAUGCCGUAAAACAAUUCUGCGUGUUUCCCAGUGUUAUCUGAUCUGUGUGUCUAUGUACAAUAUAUUUAUGCAAGGCAAUGUGACACACUGCACUGUUAGACGUUGUAAGAUAAACCAAGUUUCCAGUUUUUUUAUAUUUUAAUUUGUCUGCGAAGUAUAGAAGACGAACUCAGCUGUCUUUGUUUUCUGAACAGCAGAAUGUCAGACACUUUAGGCUUAUACCUAUGAUUUUUUAGUCAGUCAGAGCGAUAGACGGGGGCUGGGCUUGUAGUACGAAGUCAAGGAUUGGUUAUAAGUCUUAAUUUCAAAACGAGAAAGUGACUCUUUUUAUCGCAUUUUUUUUCUAAUAAAGAGGCUGUAAACCCCCAAUCUUUUCCGGUCCUGGAUCAUCCGCCUAGAUGAUAUCAGGAUAUCAAAACUGUAAUACUUUAAAUGAACAGAUAAAAGUGUAUGCCUGACUCGUUCCCAGUCGUGAUCGUGUGUGCGGAGAAAGAAAAAAAAAAGACAGCGCGCAAAGGCUCACGGACAGUAAGAAGCAAGACAAUGCAAACGCAAUGCAUGUUGGACCGUCACAAGAGCUCGGCCCCUCGGCUCUCCGGCCCGCCUUCCCGUGGUACUUUGCGCGCCGCGUUUUAUUUUUUUUUUAACAGAGCCGAGACAGGGGGACGAGACAGAUCACAUGCUACUUGGAAUAGGUACGGGGUUGCGUUUUUUUACUCUUGCUUUUACUCCCAGGAACAAGGAUGAGCAAGCAUUUUUGUCUUUAUUGGUGCAUCUGGAUUUAAACUUUGAGCCUGUGCUCGGCACUUCACAUUAUUCCUUUAGUUCAGUUCUAUUUUUCCAUUAUUCUCGAAUUAAAAUUCAAUAUCGUAGUAAACGUUAUAUCUGUAUUCAAUAAACACAAAUUAAGAUAUCCGAAAAGGGAUGGAUGAUUAAAGGGAUGUGAGCUUGAGCAAGGAAUAUGUACCGAAAAAAAUGCGAAUGGGGUUGAGCAAGGAAUGACUGGACAACGGAAGACGGGGGUGAGCAAAGGGGAGCAGCAGGACCGAAAAUCUGAGAACGUGAUGUAAAAAAAAACAAAUACUUUGUGAAUUUCCUUUUUAUCAAACUGUAAAAGCCUGAGUGUGGAAGGUCUUCCCUAGAUUUUGGGUGUAAAAUUGUGCCAAAUUUUGCGCUUCUAAAAGACAAUCAGAAUUGAAUUUCAGAUCUGGUAAAAUUUAACGUGAUCUUCACUGUAAACAAUGAAUAGCAACUAUAGGGUGACGAAGCUGCCUAGUAUUGGCAAAUACUACGACAAAAAUCCAUAUGCGUCAGAUUUUAUAACAAUGUACGUCAGCGGUGAGGCAAGAUGCCGGGCUAGUUCCCACCCCUUCCCUGCCAUCCCUUCUGGGUUGAAGUUUUGCAAAGGAAGUAAAAAGAAGAAAGUAGCCUUCUCGCUACUAGCCUCUCCAGUGGGUUAAUUCGGAAAUUCCUGUUUUGGGGGUGUCGGGAUUCCUGUUUCACAACAGGGAUUCUGAGCAACGAAAACACACAAGAGAGCACGCUCGCAAGCUAA